GAAAAAGCGAAAAUAAAAACAAAAAGAAAAGGGGGGGGGGAGCCAACAACAAACAUAGAGAGGAAAAAAAAAUAAUAAAGAAAAAGGGGUGGGGGAGCGUUGCGCGUGAAUUGCGCGGAAAGCCGAGCGGAGGGGGGCGUGUGCGCUCGGCCUCACUGCUGGGGGAGCCGGAGGGGUUGGGUUGGGUUGGGAGGAGGAGGAGAGGAGGAGGAGGAGGAGGAGGAGUGGGGGGAGGCGGUGUGCGGUGCACGCCGCGCUCCCAGCACAAAAGCGCAGCGAAAGAAACUCUUGGAAAGCGCGGAGCGAGCGGCGGGGCCGGGCGGAGCGGGUCGGGCUCUUCCUCUCCACUGGAUACAUUUUGCAACUGCGAAGGAAUUAAAUCCGAUUUUUCAGGAUUUAUUAUUAUUAUUUUUUUCCUCCUCGUUUAUUUUUCUUUUUUCUUUAUUUUUUUUCUUUAUAUAUAUAUUUUUUUUUUUUCUCGAGAAGGAGCACCGCGUCGCUUCCCUCCUCCUUUCCCCUCUGCUUCCAGCUCUUUAUUUUGAAUACGUUUUACGUUUCCCCUUGGGAAAGAGGGGCACGCGAGGAGAGAGAGAAACAAACAAACAAACAAACAAAAACCAAAACGCAAAACCACACCGUGUGAAGGAAUAUGAGCGCUUCGUGGCUGACUUUGGCCGUGCUCUGUGCAACUUUGGGCGCAGGACCAGGUCACGGGGAGGCAGAGACGAGGGAAUGCAUUUACUACAACGCCAACUGGGAGCUGGAGAAGACCAACCAGAGCGGCGUGGAGCGCUGCGAGGGGGAGAAGGACAAGCGGCUCCACUGCUACGCCUCCUGGAGAAACAACUCGGGAUCCAUCGAGCUGGUGAAGAAAGGCUGCUGGUUAGAUGACUUCAACUGUUACGACAGGCAAGAGUGCGUAGCUACAGAAGAAAACCCUCAAGUGUUUUUCUGCUGCUGCGAGGGCAACUACUGCAAUGAGAAAUUUACCCACUUGCCUGAAGUAACCGGCCCAGAAGUCAUAUAUGAGCCACCACCACCAACGCCCUCCCUGCUUAACAUCCUGGUGUACUCUCUGCUGCCCAUUGCUGUCCUGUCAGUGGCCAUCCUCUUGGCCUUCUGGAUGUAUCGGCACCGCAAGCCUCCCUACGGGCACGUUGACAUCAAUGAGGACCCCGGCCCACCACCUCCUUCUCCCCUGGUUGGCCUAAAACCUCUACAGCUCUUGGAGAUCAAAGCCAGGGGACGCUUCGGCUGCGUGUGGAAGGCUCAGCUGAUGAAUGACUACGUAGCAGUGAAAAUCUUCCCAAUUCAGGAUAAGCAAUCUUGGCAGAGUGAGAGGGAGAUUUUCAAUACUCCUGGCAUGAAGCAUGAAAACCUUUUGCAAUUUAUCGCAGCAGAGAAAAGAGGGACAAACCUAGAGACAGAGCUCUGGCUGAUCACAGCGUUCCACGACAAGGGCUCUCUCACGGAUUAUCUGAAGGGCAAUAUCAUCAGCUGGAACGAGCUCUGCCAUGUUGCAGAAACCAUGGCCCGUGGCUUGUCUUAUCUCCAUGAGGACGUCCCGUGGUGCAAGGGUGAAGGACACAAACCUGCUAUAGCACACAGGGACUUCAAGAGUAAAAACGUCUUGCUGAAGAACGACUUAACGGCAGUGCUAGCUGAUUUUGGUCUUGCUGUACGGUUUGAACCUGGAAAACCUCCAGGGGACACUCAUGGACAGGUGGGAACAAGGAGGUAUAUGGCUCCUGAAGUGUUAGAGGGAGCAAUCAACUUCCAACGGGACGCUUUCCUGAGAAUAGACAUGUACGCAAUGGGACUGGUAUUAUGGGAGUUAGUCUCCAGAUGUAGAGCAGUUGAUGGUCCAGUGGAUGAAUACAUGCUGCCUUUUGAAGAAGAAAUAGGUCAGCACCCAUCCCUCGAGGACCUGCAAGAAGUGGUCGUUCACAAGAAGAUGCGCCCCAUCUUCAAGGAUCAUUGGCUGAAACACCCUGGCUUGGCGCAGCUCUGCGUGACCAUCGAAGAGUGCUGGGACCACGACGCAGAGGCUCGGCUCUCGGCAGGCUGCGUCGAGGAGCGCAUUGCUCAGAUCCGCAAAUCCGUCAACGGCACUACCUCGGACUGCCUCGUCUCCAUCGUGACGUCCGUCACCAACGUGGACUUGCCGCCCAAAGAGUCCAGUAUCUAAGUCCUGGUUUCGCUUUUGUCUUUCCAGACUCAGUGGAUUUGAAAAAAGUUUAAAAAAAAAAAAAAGAAAAAAAAAGAAAAGAAAACACACGAAGAAAGAAAAAAAAAAAAAUACCAUAAAAAUCCAACAAACACGUGAAUGCAGCUGCUAUUUUAUCUUGACUUUUUAUUAUUAUUGUUAUUAUUAUUAUUAUUAUUUUUUUUGGAUUGGAUCAAUUUUACCAGCACAUUGCUCUACUGUAUUAACAAAUGGACAUUUCAGCAAGCAUUCAGGUGCCGACUAAUGAAUGCAGAAAAGGUGCAGGUACCUCAGAACCUCAACAAACUCACUUCAGUUGUUUUGUUGUUGUUGUUGUUGUUGUUUUUUAAAUUGAGUUUUCUGGGUUUCUCUUUAUCAGUCUGUCUUCUGAGCAGAACAUCUGUGACAUAAAGGAAAACCACCUAUCAUCUUAGAAAACGCAAUGCUGCAAACUUUGGAGGAAACUUAAGACUGUUACAUAAGAUUACACCUUCCUCAAAAGGAUUUUUUCCCCAUUUUGUUUCGUUCCUGGGUUCUGUUCCGUGUUGGGUUAUUUUAUUUGGAAGUGAGCUUCAAAAAAAAAACAAAAACAAAAAAAAAAAAAAACAAACACAGCAGAUGUGUCUUUUACGGAUCUAACGGGUGUCAUUGUAACAUGGAAAAAAGUAACUGGGCGCAGAAUGUUAAUUCUUGGUGGUAGAAUUGAAGGGGGGAGCAUAGAAUGGGGGUGGGGAGAGCGACGUUGGACUUGGCAGCAUUUGGGGAAACAUCAUUUGCUAUGGAGCUACUUCUCAGGUAACCAUUAGAGGAGGGGAAGGACAUUUCUGGGCAGAGUAUUAACAGCUGCAGUGUGUGGAGAAAGCAGAAUUAAAGGGCCAGUGGUUUCAAGCAAGGCACUGGUUAGUUCUUCCUCCAGUAUCUGGCUCUUGGGUGGUAAGAGAACAAAGCAGAACUGUAAUUACCUUCUAUUUUUCAAAUCUGGAUAGUAACAGGAAGAAUGCUUUUUAAGAAGUGUAAUUGGAAGAGGUGGGAAAAUGUGUUCUUAGAAGAAAAUACUGGAAGAUAAGAAGAUGUUUGCAUCUCUCUUAAAGUGUGAGUCAGUGCAAGAAAUGUUGCCCUCGGGUUUGAUUAUCUGCCAGCCCAACCACUGGCACAGAUGGUGGAGGGCGGAGAAGUGUGAACGCUGGCUCUGUAAUUUUUCUUUGUUCUUUAAUUUGGGGUUGUAGGGAGGUGGAAAUUACCUGAACCAGUGGCAGAUGGCUCCUGUAGCACCCGAGAAGCCCAUGAGCUGUACAGUUAUAGACUGCAGAGGUAGCUGAGCAGCAGCAGUGAUCCUCAGCAUCCCUCAGCCUGGUUUCUUUGACGCUGCUUUCUCCGUACUCUGCGACUAAACUCUUUUCGUCUUAAAGUGGUGCAUAUUCUGAAAUACCAUUACUCUUAUUAUGCCAUAAACUUGCUCUAGUCAGUGAAUGUUCCUAAUGCUGCUGAUUCAACAUUGAGAUAUUUUUUUAAUUUGCAAAAACAUGCAAUGUUUAAAAAAAGGAAAAAGAAAAAAAAAAUAAUAAUAAGAACACAAAACACACACAUACACACGUUACGUGGCUUCCGAGGCUUAAACUGAAAAAAAAAAAAGAAUUAAAAACUUCAUGAC